AGUUACUGUAAAAUGUGUGUUUCUACUUUUCACACCACCAACAGCUACAGUAUAUAUAGAAAUACACGCUUGAAUAAUCUUCACAGAUUCUCGCUCUCAUCGUGUUCUGCACUGUCUGUAAGUCUCUGGGCAAACUGCAAGCUUCAGCCAUGAACAAGAUCAUCGUCUAUGAACAUCCUGACUUUAAGGGCCUCAGCAAAGAGUUCACUUCUGAUGUCCCUGAUUUAACUAAACUAAAUUUUAAUGACUGCAUCUCCUCUCUGAAAGUCAUCGGGAAUCCAUGGGUGGGGUACAAUGGUGUUAAUUACACUGGUGAACUGACUGUCUGUGAGGAAGGAGAAUAUGCUAAUGUGUACUACUACAACGACAUUUCUUCACUACAGAUGGUGACAGAAGACCUGGACAAUCCUCAGAUCACACUGUAUGAACACGAGAACUAUAAGGGCCAGAGCCUCGUCCUCGACUGUGAGACCAACUUGCAUUAUGGCGAUUUUAAUGACAAAGCAUCUUCUCACAAGGUGCAGAGAGGAGCCUGGGUUCUGUAUCAGCAUGGACAGAGAGGUGGAUAUAUCCAGGUGGCCAGAGCUGGUCGUGAUGUUCCUAAGUACGAAUGGUUUGACAACCAGCUGAGUCACAUCCGUCCUCUUAAAGCUGGCAAAACCACCAUUAAAGCUGAAUUGGAAUGGGACAAAAAGAAAGAAAGUUUAAAAAAAGUCAUCAUCGACUCCAUCACUGGUGUUAAUUAUGGAUCUGAGAAACAAACCUUCACCACUGUUCCGACUCAAGUUUAUUCAGGAUCUGUCACUGAGAGCUUCCGGUUCAGCGAUUCCACCCAGAUUGGUUUCGGAACCAAAUUUGAAUUAUCACUGUUUGGUUCCAAUACUGAGAGCACCUUAAAUGACAGUAACGCCUUUACAGUGGAGAAGGGCAGCAGCAACACCAGAUCUACACCUCAAAGUAUCAAAGUCUCCUUGCCAGCCAACAUUCCUCCUCACACCAAACUCACAGUGAACGUGGUGAGGAAGGAAAUGACUGUUGUGAUCCCGGUCAAGCUGACCAUCACCAGCGGCUCUAACAGUAAGGUUGAGUAUGGAGAGUACUGGUGCGAGCAGGGGAACUCUAUUACCACUGAAUUCAAGGAGAAGAAGAUCUAAUACAGCCAAGUUAGAACAAAACAUUGAUGCUGUGUUGUGACAUGGACCAACACAAAGCAGAAUCUUUCUUUCAUUUAGUAUAAGUAAUUAAUAUACUGUAUGUAUCACUGUAUUAUGAUUCAGUUAAUGUUUUGGUUUAUUAGUACCUUGCAUGUACUAGUUUUAGUACCUAAUGAUGGAACAAUGUGCAGCCAUGUAAUGUGAUCUUACUGGCCUGGUUAUUGUACAUCCAAUUAUACAAUGAUUUUUAUUCUAACAUUAAAAUGAAA